UUUGGAGAAAGACUGGCCACUAGUUUUUUUGGUGGUUUCUGUAGCUCUUAGCUUGACAAUCGGGAUGGAAUUCUUCCAUUUAGCAGAUAUAGUUUGGGGACAAGCAAGUUUUCCCUUUUGAAGGGUCUAAAAACCUGAUAAGAUGAUAAUGCUGAUUUUGUGGAGAUGCUUUUAGCUUGAUAGAUGGCUGCUGAAUCUCCAUAUUUAUUACAUUCCUGAUCUGGGUUUCAAAACUUUUUUCUAAUAAGGUAGGAUCCUGGGUUGUUCUUUUUGCCCUUCAUCUGGCGUGAAGGUCUGAACUCUGAGCUAUGGGGUUUUGGAGAGAUGGGUGGAGGGUUGUUUGAGAACUGGGUUUCUCUGUAGAUGAGAGGAAGAGAGUAUUUUCUAUCAACAGUUCCUGAUUCUACAUGAUAGUUAGGUUGGGAUUUGUGGUUGCUGCUUCUAUUGCAGCAUAUGCAGUUAAGCAGCUUAAUAUCAGAAGUUCAAGGUCAUCAGUCUCUUUGAUCAAGCCUUCAGAAAAUGGCGAAUUAUCGACUGAACAGCCUUGCAUUGAGGAAGAUAAGGAACACUUCAAGUAUUCUGGCGAUGGCCCCAAUGAACAGGAUGGGGAGGAGGAAGAGGAGAAAGAAGAGGUAAAAUUAAUUAGUGGCGUGAUAAACCCGGCUCUAGGUAAUUCAGCCGAUCUUGAAGAUGAGAUUUUGCCUGAAUUUGAAAAUCUUCUAUCUGGGGAGAUCGAUUUUCCAUUACCCAAUGACAAGUAUGAUACAGAGAGGACUUCCAAGGCAGAGAAAGACAAAGUUUAUGAAAGUGAGAUGGCUGACAAUGCAAAUGAACUGGAGCGGCUGCGGAAUUUAGUUGAAGAAUUGGAGGAGAGGGAAGUGAAGCUAGAAGGCGAAUUGCUUGAGUACUAUGGUUUGAAAGAGCAGGAGUCAGACAUCACUGAACUUCAAAGGCAGCUCAAGAUUAAGGCAGUAGAGAUUGACAUGCUGAACAUAACCAUCAACUCCCUGCAGGCUGAAAGGAAAAAGCUUCAGGAAGAGGUUUCUCUGGGAGCUUCUGCAAGGAGAGAGCUGGAGGUGGCCAGGAAUAAGAUAAAGGAGCUGCAGAGGCAGAUUCAGCUUGAAGCUAGUCAGACAAAAGGCCAGCUAUUGUUGCUCAAACAACAAGUUAGUGGUCUUCAAGCGAAGGAGGAAGAAGCCUUCAGGAAAGAUGCUGAAGUUGAGAGGAAGCUUAAAGCUUUCAAGGAAUUAGAGGUGGAGGUUGUGGAGCUCAAGAGGAAGAACAAAGAACUUCAGCAUGAAAAGAGAGAAUUGACAAUUAAACUAGAUGCUGCUGAGUCUAGAAUUGCAUCCCUUUCAAACUUGACAGAGAGUGAAAUGGUUGCCAAGGUGAGACAGGAGGUCAACAAUUUAAGGCACACAAAUGAAGAUCUUUUAAAGCAAGUUGAAGGACUUCAAAUGAAUAGGUUCAGUGAAGUAGAGGAGCUAGUGUACCUUCGUUGGGUCAAUGCAUGCUUGAGGUAUGAGCUGCGUAACUACCAGACACCACCUGGGAAAACAUCAGCCCGUGAUCUCAACAAGAGUUUGAGCCCACGAUCACAAGAGAAAGCUAAACAACUGAUGUUAGAAUAUGCAGGAUCAGAACGUGGACAAGGAGACACAGACCUUGACAGCAAUUUCUCUCACCCAUCAUCUCCAGGAAGUGAGGAUUUUGACAAUGCUUCUAUGGACAGUUCUACAAGUAGAUAUAGUAAUAUCAGCAAAAAGCCUAGCUUGAUUCAGAAACUAAAGAAAUGGGGCAAAAGCAGGGAUGAUUCAAGCACUCUUUCUUCACCAGCUAGAUCCCUUGGGGGAAGCUCUCCUAGCAGGAUUAGUAUGAGCCUGAGGCCAAGGGGCCCACUGGAAGCCCUUAUGUUGAGAAAUGCAGGUGAUGGUGUAGCCAUCACUACAUUUGGGAAAGCAGAGCAGGAAGCUUCUGAAUCUCCUGAAACUCCAAAGGUUUCUUCUGGUGACUCGAUGAACAAUGUUGCAGAGUCAUUCCACUUGAUGUCUAAAUCAGUUGAAGGGAUUUUAGAUGAAAAAUACCCAGCAUAUAAAGACCGGCAUAAAUUGGCUUUGGAGAGGGAGAAGCAAAUCAAAGAAAAAGCUGAUCAAGCAAGGGCUGCCAGGUUUGGCAACAAUUCAAAAUUAAGUUCUGGUUUGGAGCCUAGAUCCAAAGGAGAGAAGGAUAAAUCCUUAAGUUUGCCACCAAAACUUGCUCAGAUAAAGGAAAAAGUAGUGGUCUCUGGUGACUCAAGUGACCAACCCAGUGAUAGCAAAAUUGCUGAUCCUCAAGUAGUGAGCAAGAUACAGCUUGCUAAUAUUGAGAAAAGACCUCCCCGUGUCCCUCGACCACCUCCUAAACCAUCUGGAGGUGCUCCUAUUGGUGCAAAUACUAAUCCUACAAGUGGCAUACCAGCACCUCCAUCUACGCCGCCACCUCCACCAGGUAUCCCACCACCACCACCCAUUCCCGGUGGACCUCCUCGGCCACCUCCUCCACCAGGAAGCUUACCAAGAGGGUCAGGGACUGGGGAAAAAGUCCAUCGUGCUCCUGAAGUAGUUGAAUUUUACCAGUCAUUGAUGAAACGUGAGGCUAAGAAGGAUACGCCAUCAUUGAUAUCUUCAACAUCUAGUUCAGCAGAUGCUAGGAGCAACAUUGUCGGGGAGAUUGAGAAUAGAUCAUCAUUCCUCCUAGCUGUGAAAGCUGACGUGGAAACUCAAGGUGAUUUUGUCCAGUCUCUGGCAACUGAAGUCCGAGCAGCAUCCUUUACCAAUAUACAUGAUUUGGUGUCCUUUGUGAACUGGCUGGAUGAAGAACUCUCUUUCUUGGUUGACGAGCGAGCAGUCCUCAAGCACUUUGAUUGGCCAGAUGGGAAAGCAGAUGCUCUAAGAGAGGCGGCCUUCGAAUACCAGGACCUGGUGAAGCUGGAGCGGCAAGUGUCCUCCUUUGAUGAUGAUCCCAAACUCCCUUGUGAAACUGCUUUGAAGAAAAUGUACAAGUUGCUUGAAAAGGUGGAACAGAGUGUCUAUGCGCUCUUGCGUACCAGGGACAUGGCUGUUUCACGAUAUAGAGAAUUUGGAAUUCCCAUUGAUUGGCUGCUGGACUCUGGAGUAGUAGGAAAGAUCAAGCUCUCUUCUGUGCAACUUGCAAAGAAAUACAUGAAACGAGUAGCGACUGAACUGGACGUGUUGAGUGGUCCUGAGAAGGAACCAAACAGAGAAUUUUUGCUUCUGCAGGGUGUCCGUUUUGCUUUCCGUGUUCAUCAGUUUGCGGGAGGCUUUGAUGCAGAUAGCAUGAAAGCUUUUGAAGAAUUGAGGAGCCGAGUGCGUGCACAGACAGGAGAAGACAAUAAGUUGGAAGCAUGAAGAGGGUUUUAUUUUGAUUCUUAGUCCUAGUUUUGGUUUAUUAUCUUUUACUUAUACUCAAAUUUUUAGCUGUAUACACAUCCAACAUCAUCUCUGUAGCCUGUAGGUGUGGAAAAACAUCAUUCUGUUGAACCUUGUACAAUCAUAUAUAUAUGAUCAAUACUUUCAGUUCAA